AUGUUUGUUAAGCAGCUUCUUCCCGCCCUCGCGGCAAUCGGCUCGGUCGCAGCCCAAUCCGGGACCUGCACCGUCUCCACGACCACCGUCAACAGCCAGGCCGAGGCCACCAAGCUCGCGAGCUGCCGGACCGUCAAGGGCACCGUCGUGAUCGGCUCGGAAAGUGGCGCCACCAUUGAUCUGUCGGGCCCCGAGGAGAUCACUGGCGAUCUCAUCGUUCGCAACAACAGCCAGCUCGCGACCUUCUCGAGCUCCAGCGUGCAGAAAAUCGGCGGCAACUUCAAGCUGGAAGAAGCCACUUUCCUCACCUCGCUCCAGUUCCCCGAGCUCACCGAGGCCCGGUCGAUCGAGUGGGUGUCGGUCACGCUUCUCAACACCGUGAGCCUUGGACCUUUGACCAAGGCCGACAACGUCAGGCUCAGCGACACCUUCCUGGACACCCUGGACGGCUUCGCGCUCUCCAGCGCCAAGUCGUUCAAGCUCGACAACAACCGUCGUCUUUCCGAGUACAAGUCGAAGCUGACUCAGGUCAGCGGCGAGCUAAUCAUCCAGGCCAACGGUCUCGAUCUCGAUGUCGACCUGUCGGACCUGAUUUGGAUCGCCAACAUGGAGGUUGCCAACGUGACCCAGUUCUCCGUCCCGGCCCUCAAGGUCGUCAACGGCUCCGCUCGUUUCGAUUCCAACCUGUUCGAGUCCUUCAGCGCCCCCAACCUGACCCACACCGAGACCGGUGACAUUUCGUUCGUCGGCAACGGCUUCCUCCAGAACAUGACCUUCCCCAAGUUGACCGAGAUCGCCGGUGGCCUCCUCAUCGCCAACAACACCGGCCUGGACCGUGUCACCUUCUUCCCCAAGCUGACGAAGGUCAGCGGUGCUAUCAAGCUCCGUGGCAACUUUACCGAGGUUGGCUUCCCGGAGCUUAAUAUCGUCAGGGGUGCCUUUGAUGUUUCCAGCACUGCCAACAUUGAGAAGUCGUGCGACAAGCUCAAGGAGUCUGCUCCCCGUAGCCAGGGUGGUGAUGGCACCAUCGAGGGCGUCUUCACCUGCACGUCCGACAACGACAAGGCUAACGAGGAUACUGACGGGUCGACCUCCGACUCUGGCGACAUCGACGGCAGCGAUGAUGAUGAGAACGGUGCCGCCGGUCUUGUCCUGAACGCCGCCCUCUUCGGUCUCGUCGCCGUCGCUGGCCUCGCCUCGGCUCUCUAAUGAUGGAUGCCUUGUCAAUUUGGGAACCUGGA